AUUCAAAUAAUAUUUUUAUUAUAGUUGUUGAACGUUUCACUGUGAGUUGUAUAAAAUAAUAUAAUAUUAUAUUUCUUUUUUUAUGUAUGCAAAAUAUAAUAAUGGUUUUAACAGUUUCGUUAGUGCACAUAUUCCAGCAACCAUUUCAAACAAUUAAAACAUUCUACAGUCAAAUCAGACAAAAAGAUGAUGUUGUUAAAAUUUCAGAAUUAAUUGAUGCGCACAUUGAUGAACAUGGAUUUGAAUAUACUAAACAUAGGCUGGUAUGUCAUAAUAUUAUUCCUCAAGUAUUAAGGCGCGAUCAAAUACUACAUAUUCCAGAAAUAAUUAUUGAAGAAGAAUGUUGGUAUGACGAAAAAGGUCAAAAAUUUUGGGCAAGAACGAGAAAUUUGAGUUGGUCAGAAAUAGCUACGUUAUCUAAUAUUAUAACAUUAUCGAUUACACCAAAUCCAACAUGGACUAAGUAUGAAAUUGACGGCAUAACAGAUUUUUUUGGAACACAACCUCAUGAAAUUGGCUAUGCAGUAGAGUAUUUUUUGAAAAAAUAUACAGAAAAAAAGUUGUUGGAACACAUUAAAAUAAUUGAUCAGGAAUGUUUGAAAAAUAAUGAUAUAUAGAUAACAUAAGAUUUUAUGUAUUUGAAUUAGCUUAUUUAAACAAAAAAUAGUAGUGUAGUAAAUCUGUGUUAAAUGCAUUUCUGAAGAACAUAAAAUAAUACUUAUUAGUAGCCCCGGAUUAUACCUAUUUGUGGCUCUCUAGAAAAGUUUUUUUAUAAAACCAUUAAAACCAAUAUAUUAUUUUUUCUGAAACAAUUUUUUUUUAUUACAACCAAAAUAAAAACUUAAUAAAAAUAAAACUAUGUUCCUUUAA